UGGCUUGGCUUCAGAUAUAAAAGAACUGCUGCCCUCUUCCAUGUUGGCCCGGAUGGUUCAGGGAGAAACGCAGCAGCACCGAAUAGACUCCCUCACCAUUGGCAAAUCCCCCGCCUCAAGACACUCUAGCCCGCCGUCAAGAUGCAGCUCAUCUCAGCACUGCUCCUGUGCCUCGGCGCCACCACGACCCUGGCGCAGAUCACCCUGCAGCCGACGACGAUCCGUGGCCCCACGCGGCCGGCGCAGUGCCCCGUCACCAUCACCGAGACGAGCAAGGUGACGGUGACGUACUCGACGACCCAGGUCCUGACAUCCAUCAAGACGGUCACGACGGUCUCGGUCACCACCACCACGUCGAGGCAGACGGUCACGUCCGUGGCCACCGUCACCACCACGCGGCCCUGCGCGCCCGCAGCCAACUGCCCGACGCUAACGUCGACGGCGACGGCGUGCCGCACCUGCCUGUUGCCCGACUGCACCGAUACCGUCAUCGUCAACCGCCCGGCCGGCUGCACGGGGCUGCUGCCCACCACCAGCAUCGACCUGGGCUGCAACGUGCCCAACGUGUGCAACCGUAUCGGCUGCAAGACUGUUUACGUGGGGAUAUAGAGCGCGACAUUGAUGCAAGAUUGGGGGCCGUCGAGUGGAAAUUCGGUGGAAGCUGUAGGAGGAGGUACAGGAGAGGCCGAGUUUGCGCCCAGUAGACAGCUAGAAUCGCGCCUCAAACAGCUCAACAGCGAAUACUAUAUCAUCACAAACGAUGAGGGACUCCCCAAC